AUGAAUUUGACACAAUUCAAGACAGAGGCACUCGAAAGCUUAUGCACUCAAGAGCAGCUAGAUCUUUUGGACUCCAUCGACACACUCCGAUCGCAGGGCAUCAGCCACUAUGUCUCCCUCCCGCAGAUAAUUGUCUGUGGAGACCAAUCUUCCGGAAAAAGUUCCGUUCUUGAAGCUAUUUCCGGCGUCUCAUUUCCAGUGAAAAGUAAUCUAUGCACUAGAUUUCCAACCGAAUUGGUUCUGCGAAAGAACUCGCAAGUGGGAGUUCGAGUUUCCAUUGUCCCUCAUCAAUCCCGCAGUGAGGCAGAACAGCAUUCGCUUGGCAGCUUCUGCGAACAACUUGAUGGAUUCGACGGCCUUGCGGGUUUGAUAGAGAAUGCAAAAGCGGCAAUGGGCAUAUCUACCCAUGGAAAAGCAUUUUCGAAUGACCUACUGCGGGUUGAAGUCUCAGGCCCGGAUCGGCCACAUCUCACGAUUGUCGAUCUUCCGGGCCUCAUCCACUCGGAAACACGGCAACAGUCGGCAGCCGAUGUUCAGUUAGUUCAAGAUGUGGUUCAAUCGUAUAUGAGAGAACCACGAAGUGUCAUCCUUGCUGUCGUCUCCGCAAAAAAUGACUUUGCGAACCAGAUCGUCCUACGUUUAGCGCGGGAUGCUGAUCCUUUUGGAAUUCGGACUCUAGGCGUUAUCUCCAAGCCAGAUGUACUGGUACCUGGAUCUGAGAGUGAGGCUUCGUUUGUGUCGCUUGCCAAGAAUCAAGAGGUGGAGUUCCGUCUUGGGUGGCAUGUUUUGAAAAAUAUGGAUUCGGAGAAAGGCCAGUCAAGUUUACUUGACCGGAACAUCCAGGAAUGCGAGUUCUUCUCCCAAGGAAUUUGGGAAGAGCUUCCACGAUCACUUGUGGGGGUGGACUCGUUGAGAAUGCGUCUUAGUGGCCUGCUGCUUGGUCAGAUUGCAAGUGAACUGCCUAGCCUCAUCGACGAGAUAAAUGCAAAGGUCAAUUCUUGCCGGUCGCAGUUGCAGAAACUCGGCGACCCUCGUGCAACUUUGGAUGAACAAAGGUCGUAUCUUUUGCAGAUCAGCCAAGCAUUCCAAUCUCUUGUCAAAGCAGCCGUGGACGGCACUUACAACGAGUCUUUUUUUGGAGAUGCGAAAACCAACAUUGGCUACCAAAAGCGUAUCCGAGCAGUCACUCAGAACCUCAAUGAGCAAUUCACGAAGAAGAUUUCUCUGCGCGGCAAUUCACGCCACGUCCUCGAGAACGAAGAUCAAAGACCAAUCUCCAAGCAUCAAAUUCCUAUCACACGAGACGAAUAUGUUCGGCAGAUUGAAAAUCUUCUCAAAAGGACAAGGGGUCGAGAAUUGCCUGGAACCUUUAAUCCUAUGAUUGUGAAAGAUUUAUUCCAAGAACAAUGCACCCCUUGGGAAGACAUAACACAAAGCCAUAUUGCUGCGUCUUGGGGGGCUGCAAGGGAUUUCCUUCAACAUGCAGUCUACCAUGUGGCAGAUGGGGCUACUUCGAAAACCAUUUUCAACAAGGUGAUUUUGCCAGCUCUGGGAAGUUUACGGCAUGAACUGGAAAAAGGGAGUAAAGAUUUUCUCCUGUCGCACCAACGAGGUCAUCCAAUUACCUACAAUCACUACUUCACUGAAACACUCCAAGACACUCGGGCUGAUCGCCAAAAAGAAGCGUUUCGCGAGGCUCUACAAUCAUAUUUUGGCGUUGAUACACUUUCAACCUCCCACAUUGUGGAAAACACCAUCAAUCUCCGAGGUCUUUACAAUUCUCUUCUUCAGAAGACCAUACCAGAUAUGACACGGUUUGCUUCAGAGGAGGCACUGGACUGCAUGCUUGCGUACUACAAAGUUGCACUGAAACGUUUUGUUGACGACAUUGCCACCGAAGUGAUCGAAACAAAGCUUCUCAGCGCACUGCCGGCACUCUUUACACCUAUAACUGCGUUCGAGAUGCCUGAAGACUUAGUCACUGAAAUUGCUGGAGAAUCGGAGGAAAGUCAAAGUCUCAGGGAGCAAUUGAAUAAAAAAUUGUGGAUCCUCACGAAGGGUUCUGAAACUUGUCGGCGCUUCGUUGGUAUCCGAGGGCCCGAGUCGGACGACGACGUUGGGGCUAAGAUACAACAAAAUCAAGAUGCAUUGUCGGAGAGCUCAUUUAGUUCAGUUGGGCCGCCUGAAGAAGCUGUUGCGAGUGUCUCUGAGUCAGAAAACGAACAGCCCAGAUCACCCAGUCCUGCGUCACCAAACCAAGUUGCCAAAACCGAGUAUGCCAUUCAGCAGUAUAGUACAGAGCCGGAGCUGCCUAAAGCUACUGUCUCAUCCACGAGCGCCAAGAAGAAGAAGAAGAAAGGAAAGGUAUCCUCCAAGCAUCAAAUGUCCUUCGAUACCUCUUGUGAGCAUCCUGUGGAGUGA